AACCAACAUACACACAUACAUAAUGCUGUGAAAAUUACACAUAAUUACACCCACCCAUCUCUCUCUCUCUCUCUCCCCCUCUCUCUCCCCUCGCCCGACGCCCUCUCUCCCGUCUCCCGUCUCCCGUCUCUCUCUCUCCCCCUCUCUCCCGUCUCUCUCUCUCGGAUGGCGACGAUUGGAGCAUCAAACACAGCAGCAAUAAAGAAAGACCCAAAUCAUGAAAUUCAGAGGUUUGAUGGGGUGAGGAAGACGAGCUUUUGUUCGAAUUCACUUCUUUUGCGCAAAAAGAUUCAAUUUUUGCCAACCCCAUAUGCCAACAAUUCUUGUUUCACCAUCAGAGCUGUAUCUACUCCAGUCAAGCCAGAUACGACUGCUCAACCUAAGAGAAGCAAGGUUGAAAUAUUUAAAGAACAAAGCAACUUCAUAAGAUAUCCUCUUAAUGAAGAGUUGUUAACGGAUGCCCCCAAUAUAAAUGAGCCUGCAACUCAAUUGAUAAAGUUCCAUGGAAGCUAUCAACAGACUAACCGAGAGGAGCGUGGUUCCAAGUCUUACUCAUUUAUGCUUCGAACUAAAAACCCUUGUGGGAAGGUUUCAAACAAACUAUACUUGGCCAUGGAUGAUCUUGCAGAUGAGUUUGGAAUAGGCACUCUUCGUUUGACAACAAGGCAAACAUUUCAGCUCCAUGGUGUUCUGAAAAAGGAUCUCAAGACAGUAAUGAGUACCAUCAUCCGAUGUAUGGGCUCAACGCUUGGAGCAUGUGGUGAUCUCAACAGAAAUGUUCUUGCUCCUGCUGCCCCAAUUGUCAAGAAAGAUUACCUUUUUGCGCAACAAACUGCAGAAAAUAUUGCUGCAUUAUUAACUCCCCAGUCUGGUUUUUAUUAUGAUAUGUGGGUGGAUGGGGAGAGAAUUAUGUCAGCAGAACCUCCUGAAGUCACAAAAGCUCGCAAUGAUAAUUCCCAUGGAACAAACUUCACUGAUUGCCCGGAGCCUAUAUAUGGAACACAGUUCUUACCAAGGAAAUUCAAAGUUGCAGUUACCGUCCCAACAGAUAAUUCGGUGGAUUUAUUUACUAAUGAUGUUGGUGUUGUUGUCAUCUCUGAUGACAAUGGAGAGCCUCAGGGAUUUAACAUUUAUGUUGGUGGUGGUAUGGGAAGAACACAUAGGAAUGAAUCAACUUUUGCUCGUCUUGCUGAGCCAUUGGGCUAUGUUCCAAAAGAGGAUAUACUGUCUGCAGUGAAAGCUAUUGUUGUUACGCAACGUGAGAAUGGAAGAAGAGAUGACCGCAAGUAUAGUAGAAUGAAAUAUCUAAUAAGUUCAUGGGGAAUUGAGAAGUUUAAAUCUGUUUUUGAGCAGUACCAUGGAAAGAAAAUUGAGCCCUGCCGUGAGUUGCCUGAGUGGGAAUUUAAAAGUUACUUGGGAUGGCACAAGCAGGGUGAUGGUGGUUUAUUUUGCGGGCUUCAUGUUGAUAGUGGUCGUAUCAAGGGAACAAUGAAGAAGACAUUAAGGGAAAUAAUUGAGAAGUACAACUUGAACGUGCGUAUCACACCAAACCAGAACAUCAUAUUAUGUGAUAUUCGUCAGGCAUGGAAGCGCCCAAUCACCACAGCUCUUGCACAAUGUGGUUUACUGCAUCCUAGAUAUGUGGACCCCCUCAAUUUAACAGCAAUGGCAUGCCCAGCUAUGCCACUCUGCCCUCUGGCAAUAACUGAAGCUGAGCGUGGGAUACCAGAUAUUCUCAAGCGGGUUCGAGCUGUGUUUGAGAAGGUUGGUCUCAAGUAUAAUGAAUCUGUUGUAAUAAGAAUAACUGGCUGCCCUAAUGGCUGUGCUCGUCCCUACAUGGCUGAACUCGGAUUAGUUGGAGAUGGUCCUAAUAGUUAUCAGAUCUGGCUUGGAGGGACACCAAACCAGACAUCUUUAGCAAGAACAUUCAUGAACAAAGUUAAACUUCAAGACCUCGAAAAAGUAUUUGAACCAUUGUUUUAUUACUGGAGAACGAGGAGGCAGUCUAAAGAAUCAUUUGGCGAAUUCUCUAAUAGAAUGGGGUUUGAGAAGCUACAAGAAUUGGUAGACAAAUGGGAAGGUCCACCUCAGUCGUUGGCUCAAUAUAAUUUAAAGCUUUUCGCUGACAAAGAGACAUAUGAGGCUGUGGAUGAACUUGCAAAAAUCCAAGACAAGAAUGCUCAUCAAUUAGCCAUGGAUAUAAUUCGCAAUUAUGUUUCUUCGCACCAAAAUGGCAAAAUUGAGUGAGCCAUAAAGCACGUUUCACUAGGAUGCUAUUAUUGUUGCUAGUCUUGGGAGCCCAGAAAACUUCUUCAACAUCUGCUGUUACUUUUCGGUAACAACGGAUAAUAAUGAGUCUGUUAGCUGCACAUGCAUCCAAAGUCUUUAAGUAAUAUCAUCAACUUUCACCUUCUACAAGGUUGUUUUUAUUUGUUUUGCUUGAAAUUAGUUUGAAACUUGGUUUUUGUAAUAUGCUAAAACUUAGUGUCUGUAAAAGUCUUCGGGAUUAUUGUUUAACAAGUAGUCCAACCUUUAAGGUUUUUCUGUUGGAUGACUGAAGCAAUUAAAUCCAUUUUUAAGUAA